UUUGUCUCUCCCAGAAGCCCUCAGUUUGUGUCAACAUGGCGGCGUCCGGGAGGCACGUAGGGCAUCACCUCCACAGAAACGGACGGUUUCUGACAAGUAACCUCGAGCCGCUGUGGGGUCGCAGGAAUUUUGGUUGGACUCCAGCUCUGCGACAACAAGCUGCCGAGGCUAAUAAAGAAUCUACAGAGAACAUCGUUAUCCCCAGGAAGAAAACAUGGAGCAAAGAGGCUGUGCUGGAGGCUCUGGCUUCGACUGUCAGCAGCAAUCCUACAGCAUACAAGUAUCAGUUCCAGGAUGAUCCUUACCUCUCGCCCAGGAGCUCAACCGAGUUUUCGUUGUUCUUAUUUGCCCAUGAGUCCGGCAGGUCUGCGGCCAAAUACUUUAUCAACAACAACCCCAAGUUCUUCACUAAAGACUUUGCUGAACCACAUAUACCAUGUCUGAUGCCAGAGACGGUGUCACUGGUGCUUGAAGAGGUGAGCGAGGAGGCACUGAAGGAACGAAUCACCCUGAGAAAAGUUAAAGCUUCUGUUGACAUGUAUGACCAGCUACUGCAAGCUGGCACAGCAGUCUCCAUUGAAACAACCCACAACCUAUUAGACCUAAUCUGUCUUUACUGUGACAGAGAACCUGUCGAGGGAGGGGGGCCACAGACAGAGGACACGGAGCCAGGAGAGGGGGUGAAGAAGAGGAAAAUUAGGUUCCAGCAGUCUUUAGUCUCCCCAAAGUGCACCUGGGAAGAAAACAACAACGCAGAGAGACUGUUUAACGUGCUGCCAGAGAGAGACACGCGGUGUUACUCUGCUCUGAUCAGAGGCAUGGCAAAGCACGGAGCCUACGAAAAGGCCUUCAGCAUGUACACCGGCCUGCUCAAUGAGAGACUGAAAGCUGACAUCCACAUCUUCAACGCACUGAUCAUAUCAGCUCCGAAUGUCAGAGAAAAAUACACAGAGCGAUGGGAACUGAUCAAUGAGUUGUUGACCCACAUGAAGGAACAGGAAGUUCGGCCCAACCUGUUGACGUUCAACAAUGUCCUCCAAGCUCUGAAACGCUGUGGCACUGUGGCCAAGUCAAAAUCUCUACAGACUCUGUAUGAGAUGAAGGCUCUGGGAAUAGCUCCCAGCCUCACCACCUACAGCUACAUCCUGGAAAUCUUUUCCAGAACAGCCGGCGUUGUCCAGACCACUAGUAACAUGUUGCCGGAAAUUAUGUCAGAGCUAAGUGGAAAAAGCUUCACCUGCCAGGGCCCCAAUGACGGUGCAUUCUUCAUUAAUACGAUGAAAAUGUGUCUGGAAAGUAUUGAUCUGGAGCAGGGUUACAAAAUACAAAGUCUAUUGGAGUGCGGGGAGAACUGGAGGUUGCUGGGAGCUUCUUUCCAUCAGGGUAUUUACUACGGGACCUUCUUCCGCUUGCUGUGCGAGAGGGAGCACAUCGAUGUGGUGCUGAAGUGGUACAAGAAGCUCAUUCCCACGCAUUUCUACCCAAACUCUCAGGGACUCGGCAAACUGCUUCAGGCUCUGGAUGCAGGCAAUCGCCUUGAUUUGCUGCCCCAAAUAUGGCAAGACAUCCGGACUCUGCAUCACGAAGACAAGUCACAUCUGGUGGAGGAACUGCUCUCUCUGAUGACCAGAGAUAAGCACAGUCCCGAGGUUCAAGAGUCCUUUGCAGCAUGUGCUCUGGAUGUAAAGGGUGUGUUUGAAAUUGUCGCACAUGGGCCACCUCUGGAGUGGAGCCCCUCCUCUCUCAAAAACAUCACCUCCCUGCUGCUGCGAGCCAACAAGACCCAACAGGCCUGGGAGGUGCUGCAGCUCUUCAAAUCCAAGAACAGAAUUCCCCCCAACCAGCUGUUGGACGACUUCCUGUCUGCGUGCCACAGCAGCGGCUCUGCCGAGAGAGCCUUGGACCUCGUUCGGCUGUCCGCCGCCUUCGAUCUGCCGGCAACAGCAGAGCUGGCCAAGCGAACACUGGCUGAGUUUCAACUGACAGAAGAGCAAAGAGCCAUUUUAUCUGACCUGGUCUCUGUGACGGAGUUCUCUGACUGAAGGAGACAACACUGGCUGGAUCGAAAUCCAAUAUUCAUCAACAGGAAAAUGUGGCAUCCAUAGACUAUCCUUACUUCUGUAUCUCUGUAAUAAAAUGUGUGUGACAUUAAUA